ACCCUAACCCAACAUUUAUGUGGAUGUGUCCAUGUGUCGUUGCCCUCAAAUGCAAGGUGUGCAGGGAAUCGUGAGGAGGUAGCUUUCGGAGAUGUUAUUGCCUGCAGGAUUCUUGAGUUUCGAUCCUCAAUGAUCAAAUGAAUUGUGAUGUUGAUGUACCUAUGAAGAGAAAUUAUGAAGAAUUUUUGGAGUGAGUUUUUUAUUUUCCCUUUGUCAUGGUGCAGCUAGCAGUAUUAGCAGGAGACUUCCUGCUUUCCAGAGCUUGUGUGGCACUUGCCUCAUUGAAGAACACAGAGGUUGUGUCACUACUAGCAACUGUUGUAGAGCAUCUUGUUACAGGAGAGACCAUGCAAAUGACUACUACAUCUGAACAGCGUUGUAGCAUGGAAUACUAUUUGCAAAAGACAUACUACAAGACUGCGUCAUUGAUUUCAAACAGCUGCAAGUCAAUUGCCCUUCUUGCAGGACAAACAGCAGAAGUUUCAAUGCUGGCUUACGAGUAUGGCAAGAAUCUGGGAUUAGCAUAUCAAUUAAUAGACGACGUUCUUGAUUUCAUAGGCACAUCAGCUUCCCUUGGGAAGGGCUCAUUGUCUGACAUUCGCCAUAGUAUAUUCUGAGGCCUGUGUUGAGAACUCAGCAACUUGGUGGAAUGCAUCCAAUAAGUAUGCUCAUUUUCCAUGUCACUGGCAUGUGAGGCACCUAGGGAAUUGUAACAGCUCCAAUAUUGUUUGCCAUAGAGGAGUUUCCUGAAUUGCGUGGGGUUGUUGAUCGGGGAUUUGACAACUCUGCAGAUGUGGAUCUUGCUCUUCACUACCUUGGAAAGAGCCGUGGGAUACAGAGAACAAGGGAGCUAGCAACAAAGCAUGCCAACCUUGCCUCAGUUGCAAUUGAUUCUCUGCCCGAGAGCGAUGAUGAGGAUGUUCAAAUAUCAAGACGGGCUCUCGUACAGCUAACUCAAAGGGUGAUUACAAGAACAAAGUAAAGAAAAACAAGGGAAAAAGAAAAAAAAAAUUCUGGAUUAGUGACAGGAGUAUGUGAAAAUUUUGUUUUGCCUUUCUCCCUCUGUACCUUUGACGUGGGGGAUGGAGUUCUCUAAUUCAUUUCACCAAACAUUCCUUCAAUUGUUCCUCGUUUGUCUUCAAAUAAGUACUCCAGAAAGGAACAGGCUGCAGCUGCAAUUUAAACUUUCAUGUAGUGUAAAUAUUAUCAUCAGUAAUGUUAUCUAGCAUCUGGCAAUCCAAUAACGCGAUCUCAGUGG